AUGGCUUCCCAAUCUUCUGCAACCAGCAAUGAUCUUAUCCAGCAAAACGCUCCGUCCAACUUCCCUAUUAAACUUACCCCCACUAAUUUUCCCAUUUGGAAACGCCAAGUUCAGGCGACAUUAAUUGGUUUCAAUCUCCUUGGCUACAUCGACGGUUUUGUUAAAGAACCAGCCAAGUUUAACUAUGCUGAACAGACCACCCCGAAUCCUGCACACUUGACUUGGUUUCGUCAAGACCAGAUCAUCACUAAUGCGCUACUGGGGAGUUGUUCUGACACAAUUCAGCCUCUUAUUUCUUUCGCACCAACAGCGUGCGAUGCUUGGCAACAGCUCGUUGCUAGCUAUGCUAGUGCUUCUCGAGGACGGAUCAUUUCCCUCAAGGCUAAGCUCACCAAAAACCCGAAAGGUGAUCGGUCAGUUACUGCUUUCCUGACUGAUAUGCGGUCUAUAGCUGACCAUCUCGCCUUGGCUCAGUGCCCAAUUUCGGAUGAAGACAUGGUUGUUUAUGUUUUAACGCAACUAGACGACGAGUACAUCUCCAUCGUUUAUGCUUGA